AUGGAUUCGUAUAUCGACUUUUCAUCUCUUUUACGUUCCCUACGCAUUUCGGUCUCAGAUCUCUAUUUAACUGGAUUCGUGCGUGAGCGCACCUCUCGUUUCCUGGAGCAGUCUACAGGCUUGGCAAUCUCUUCUCGCCUGCUGGACCAACUUGCAUUUAUUGUUAGUUCUUGCCGAAUUCUUGUCCGCCUCGCCCAACAACCGGCAACCGUGCAUAGUGACGCUGAGGGUCGUUCGGAGCUUCUGAGCAAUAUUCCAGAGUUUUUGGUAGAUAACAUUGUCGAUUUUGUUAGCUAUCUUAGGCGGAUGAAUGACAACUUCAUUGAGGUAAAUCUUCAAGUGCUAAUAUUAUUUGUUUUCAUGUUAAUUGCUAUUUACGAUGUCUUUAGUGUCUUUUAUCAAGAGCAGCAGGCUAGCUAUUCAGCCUAG